CAGAUUAAUCACCAAUAAAAAAAGUACCACAAGCAGAGACAAAAACCUAAACAAAAAUAUAUGACAUCAUAUAUCAAGACAAGAGAACAAGGGAAGAAAUAAAUGAAGAAAUACAAAUAGAAACAAAGAAGAUAAGAAAAAAGAAGAGAUCCAGGGAAUGUAGAUUAAUUGUAGUUUAAGACCCUAUAAGAGAAACAUGUAAGAUAUAAGCGCCCUGAUUUACAGGAGAACAAUGCACCUCUUGGCAAGCAGACUGAGAAUGAUGACUGCAUACAAUCAUCAGCAGCACACCACUUCAGCAUGAAACGACUGAGAACCUUCGGCUUUCCAAAAAUCCCGGUCAUGCAGGGAGGAACGGCGCAAUAUGUCCUGUGGUUGAUCGUGGCUGCGGUCCUCAUUACUGGAGCUCUUGGGGACUACACCACAAAUUGUUCCUCUCUGCUACUGGGACAAUACCUGUGUCUCGACCUCAACAUAGCACCUGAGACCCAGCAACCGCGAGGAUGCACCGAAAAAGGCCGGGCAAAGGUUGUGUGCCAGGCCGCCCCAGGGAUCAUAUGCACAGAGACUAACAAUGGGACUUUUGAACGAGAAAUCCCAUGCAAGUGAGUACA